AUGGCGCGAAGCUCACGGAGUUCGAGCUCGCGCUCGACAUGGUCUAUCGCCCUAUACCUUCUCCUCGUCCUCGUUGGCGGUUUGAUGCUGGCUAAGACAGCACACGCCAAGGAGCAGGAACCCCUCAAGGAAGACAGCAAUGCUGUCUCUGGCCCCGUUAUUGGUAUCGAUCUUGGAACCACAUACUCAUGUGUCGGUAUCAUGAAGAACGGAAAGGUAGAAAUCAUCACCAACGACCAAGGUAACCGUAUCACACCUUCAUGGGUAGCUUUCACAGACGACGAGCGUCUUGUCGGAGACGCGGCCAAGAACCAGUUCGCCUCCAACCCCGAACGCACCAUCUUCGAUAUCAAACGUCUCAUCGGUCAGAAGUUCAAGGACAAGUCUGUCCAGAACGACAUCAAGCACUUCCCCUUCAAGGUCGUCAACAAGAAUGGUCAGCCCAACGUCGGCGUCAAGAUGAAGGAGGUUGCGGAGAGCUACCUCGGCGAGUCUGUCAAGAACGCUGUUGUCACUGUUCCCGCCUACUUCAACGACGCUCAGCGCGCUGCCACCAAGGACGCCGGAACUAUCGCUGGUCUCAAUGUUCUCCGUGUUGUGAACGAGCCCACCGCUGCCGCUUUGGCCUACGGUCUCGACAAGACCGACCAGAAGGAACGCCAGGUUCUCGUCUACGAUCUCGGUGGUGGUACUUUCGAUGUCUCCAUUCUCACCAUUGAGGAGGGUGUUUUCGAGGUUCAGUCUACCGCUGGUGAUACUCAUCUCGGUGGUGAGGAUUUCGACAACCGUGUCAUCAACUACUUCGCCAAGAAGUACAACAAGGAGAACGACGUCGACAUCACCAAGGACGCUAAGACCAUGGGUAAGCUGAAGCGCGAGGUUGAGAAGGCCAAGCGCACGCUCUCUUCCCAGAAGACCACCAAGAUCGAAAUCGAAUCCUUCCACAAGGGCAAGGACUUCUCCGAGACUCUCACUCGCGCCAAGUUCGAGGAGCUCAACAACGACCUGUUCAAGAAGACGCUCAAGCCCGUUGAGCAGGUUCUCAAGGACGCCAAGAUGAAGAAGAGCGACAUCGAUGAUAUCGUUCUCGUCGGUGGUUCCACCCGUAUCCCCAAGGUUCAGGCCAUGCUUGAGGAGUUCUUCGGAAAGAAGGCUCGCAAGGAUGUCAACCCCGAUGAGGCUGUCGCCUACGGUGCUGCUGUUCAGGGUGGUGUCCUCUCUGGUGACGCCGCCGCUGAGUCUCUCAUUCUCAUGGAUGUCAACCCUCUUACCCUCGGUAUCGAGACCACCGGUGGAGUUAUGACCCACUUGAUCAAGCGUGGUACCACCAUCCCCACCAAGAAGAGCCAGAUCUUCUCCACUGCCGCCGAUAACCAGCCCGUUGUCUUGAUCCAAGUAUUCGAAGGAGAAAGGUCCAUGACUAAGGACAACAACCAACUCGGAAAGUUCGAGCUUACCAACAUUCCUCCCGCUCCCCGUGGUGUUCCCCAGAUUGAGGUCACUUUCGAGCUCGAUGCCAACGGUAUCCUCAAGGUCUCCGCUAUUGACAAGGGCACUGGCAAGGGUGAGAGCAUCACCAUCACCAACGACAAGGGCCGUCUUAGCAAGGAAGACAUUGACCGCAUGGUUGAGGAGGCUGAGAAGUACGCCGAGGAGGACAAGGCCCACAAGGAGCGCAUUGAGUCCCGCAACAAGCUCGAGAACUACGCCUACAGCCUCCGAAACCAGCUCAAGGACGAGGAGGGUCUUGGUGGUAAGAUCGAGGACGAGGACAAGGAGACCCUCCUUGAGGCCGUCAAGGAGACCCAGGACUGGCUUCAGAGCAACGCCGACGAGGCGCAAGCUGAGGACUUUGACGAGCAGUUCCAGAAGCUGUCCGAUGUCGCCUACCCCAUCACCUCCAAGCUUUACGGCUCGUCUGGUGGCCCUGGUGGCGAUGAUGUCCCUGAGGACCACGAUGAGUUGUAGAUGAUCAACUUGGGUGGUAGAAGUUGCAUCUUACAUAGGGGUUUUGUUUGCGAUCCCGGUGCUAGCUAGGCAUAGUUAUUGGCCACAUGUAUGAGUAAAAGCACUUUAGUGCGUGAGACAGUUUAGAAGCUCACGGCACAUUCGGAGUUUGCUCGCACUAUGAUAGUAUCAUUUGAACGAAUCAAUUAUGAAAGAAUAAUAUCAUGUUGUUUUGGC